UUUUUCCAUACUAUGCGACCCGGUAUCAGCCACACCAUAGCUGUAGCUGCACUGGCUGCACUAGCCGCCGCCACUUCCUGCGGCCCAUCCUCGCGGUACGUGGUCGGCUACUACCCGACAUGGAAACGCAACGCCCUGCUAAACCUCGACAUGUCCAAGAUCACGCACCUGCAGCUGGCCUUCGGAAUCCCGACCGACGAAGGCACCUUCACCUUCGACGGCGAAUGGUUCCUCCCCUCGCUGGUGCGCGAAGCCCGCUCAUCCAAAACCAAGAUCUCGCUGACUAUCGGCGGCUGGACCGGCUCGAACCGCUUCUCCUCAAUCAUGCAGGAUGUCCACAAGCGUGGCGCAUUGGUCAAGAGCAUCGGCGAUUUCAUCGAAAAGUACGAGCUGGACGGCGCCGAAAUCGAUUGGGAGUAUCCUGGACGGGCUGCCUCAAAGUGCAACAAAUUCAGUCCACAGGAUAGCGCCAACCUGCUGAGGUUUUUGCAUGCGCUAAGGUCCAACUUCCACGCGCGCUUCCCCGAUGAGCAAAAGCUGAUAAGCUUGGCUGUGCGUGUGCAGCCAUUUGACGACGCUAAUGGGCCGAUGAGUGAUGUCAGUCCCUUCGCCGAGUUUGUCGACUACGCGUCCAUCAUGGCCUUUGAUAUUAAUGGCGUCUGGGCCAACUCCACCGGUCCCAACGCCCCCUUCGAUUACCAGCAUAACCGCGGCUUGCAGCUCUCGUACACCCAGGCCAUCGACCAGUGGCUAGCUGCCAAGUGGCCUGCCGACAAGCUGGUCGCCGGGGUGCCCUUCUACGGCCGCUCACUGACCACCCGCGAGGUCAUCGUAGCCAAGGACGGCGCCGACAUGUAUGUCCCGUUUGCCAAUGAAGUGCCGCAGGGUGAUCUUGACGACGCCCUCUGGUACGAUGUCUGCGAGAACGUCAACUCCAUGUCCGGCAUCUGGAACUACCGCCAUUUGCGCGACCAGGGGCUUUUGCGCACCGCCAACACAACCACUGACGAUUGGAUUAGGAUCUGGGACCACACGAGCAGUACGCCGUGGCUGUAUAAUCCGCAACUGCGCCGCUUUAUCACUUAUGAUGACCAGGAGUCGUUGGCCAAGAAGGUGGACUAUGCCAGGAAUAAGGGCAUCAAGGGCAUGAUGGUGUGGGCGCUCAACGGCGAU